AAGCAAUACACUAUAUUGGCCUUUGUCUCUUAACCCUUUUUUUUCUCUUUCAUUAUUUGUUUCCAAAUGGAAAUGCCCAAAUCUAACACUCCUCCUUUGUUCGAAAGAGUUAGAAUUGAAAAUGGUUUGAAAAGAUUUAUUGAUAUAACCAUUUUCUUUCUUCUCGUUUCAUUGUUGGGAUACCGUCUUUUCUUGUUGAGCAGCCAUGGAUUCAGCUGCCUCUUUGCCAUUGCUUUUCUCUCCGAGCUUUGGUUCACUUUCAAUUGGCUUCUCACUCUCAAUUGCAAUUGGUCACCUGUCCGUUACCAAACUUAUCCACAACGCCUCCUCAAACGAGUGGAGGAGGUUCCUCCGGUGGACAUAUUCGUGACAACGGCGGAUCCGAUGCUAGAACCUCCGAUAAUAACGAUAAACACAGUGCUAUCUGUGUUAGCGAUGGAGUAUCCGGCGGACAAAUUAGCUUGUUACGUCUCCGACGACGCAUGUUCACCACUCACGUUUUAUUCCCUUUGUCAAGCUCUUAAUUUUGCUAAGAUUUGGUUACCAUUUUGCAAAAAAUAUAAGGUCCAAGUUAGAGCUCCUUUUAGAUAUUUCUCUACCACCCGUUUAUCUUCUAAUGAAUCAACCCAGUUUCACCAUGACUGGACCAAAAUCAAGGAUGAGUACGAAGAGCUACGACAAAAGAUUGAGGAAGCUGCCAAAACUAUAACAUAUGGUUGUGAGCUUAAGGGCGAGUUGGCGGAUUUCUCUAACGCUAAGCCAAAGAAUCAUCCUCCUAUCGUCAAGGUCAUAUGGGAGAAUAAAGAAGGGGUUAGGGAUGAACUGCCUGCUUUAAUUUAUGUAUCUAGAGAGAAAAACCCCCAAAUUCCACACCAUUACAAAGCUGGUGCCAUGAAUGUUUUGACCAGGGUUUCUGGAGUAAUGACGAAUGCUCCUUAUAUGUUGAAUCUUGAUUGCGACAUGUUCGUUAAUAAUCCCGAUGUCCUUUUACAAGCAAUGUGUCUCUUACUACAUCCAACCAUCGAUAAAGAGUAUGCAUUUGUUCAAUUUCCUCAAACCUUUUACAAUGGACUCAAAGACGAUCCCUUUGGAAACCAAUGGAUCGUCACCAUGCAGAUCCUGAUUCACGGACAGGCAGGAGUUCAAGGGCCUAUGUAUAUGGGAACAGGAUGCAUUCAUAGACGAAAAGUCUUGUAUGGUCAAUCACCAAAAGAAGCUAACGUUGAUGCGAAAUAUAAUGAAGAAAAGUUAUAUAAGACAUUUGGAAAUUCAAAAGACUUUGUAAAAUCAGCCAUUCGAAGUUUAAGAAGCUUUGCAGAUGAUUCCAAUUGCCUAUCCAGCUCAAUCAAAUCAACAUAUGAAGUUGCUACUGCUGAUUAUGAACACAAUAAUGCUUGGGGAUCCGAGGUGGGUUGGAAAUAUGGAUCUAUAGUGGAGGAUGUGCUGACUGGGAUGGAGAUCCAUAAAAAGGGAUGGAAAUCUGCAUACAUAACACCAACUCCACCAGCAUUCCUAGGAUGUGCUCCCUUAGGAGGCCCAGUUCCAUUAAGCCAUCACAAGAGAGCAAUGACAGGACUACUUGAAAUUCUAAUCAGCAAAAACUCCCCCAUUCUCACUGCUCUCUCUGAUAAGCUCCAGUUUAGGCAACGUCUCAUGUAUAUGUGGGCAUAUCUGAUAGGCUUUGGUGCUAUUUGGGAGAUAUGUUACGCUACUCUACCAGCAUUUUGUCUAAUUUCCAACUCUCAUUUUUUGCCCAAGGUACAAGAACCAGUAAUAUGCGUACCUCUUCUCCUUUUCGUCCUUCUCAAGCUUCGAAUGUUGUUAGACUUCUUCAAAACGGGCCAAUCUGUAAGAGCCUGGUGGAAUAACCUGAGAAUGGAGAAGAUUCAGAAAAUGUCCAGUUCCUUGCUUGGAAUUGUGGCUGUCAUCUUCAAGAUUUUUGGAAUAUCAGAGACUGUGUUUGAAAUAACAAAAAAAGAGUCAUCUUCUUCUAGUGAUGACAUAAAGAGUGAUGAUGGAGAUUUGGGUCGGUUAACGUUUGAUGAGUCCCCAUUGUUUGUGCCAGUCACAACCAUUUUGAUGAUUCAACUGGCAGCACUUUAUAUUGGCUUCUUGCAAAUGCAGGCAAGCGUUCGUGAAUUUGGAGUGGCGGAGGUGAUGUGCUGUCUGUGGACGAUUUUGUCCUUCUGGUCAUUUUUGAGGGGGAUGUUUGCGAAGGGUAACUAUGGGCUUCCAUGGCCAACCUUAUUCAAAUCCAGUGUUUUGGCAUUCUUGUUUGUGUACUUGUGUCAACAGACAACAAAGUGAAAUAAAUAACAUUCGGUCAGUUACUUAGAUUUUGUAUUCAAGCUAGGAUAGUUUUAUGCGUACGAUCAUCUUUGUGGAGGGGUUGAUACACUUUUAUGACAAAUAUUGAAAUCCCCUAUACACUAUUUGAAGAGUCACCUGCGGACUCAAGGGUUUAUCUACUUGUGUAACAGUUUCAGCUUUGGUCAGUGAAUAAUAUUGUCAUCUAGUACCUAAA